CUAUCCCCGUAAGUGGAAUAUUUAUCGCACAGAAAAGUUUAUAAAUUGACUGUGUGUUUAAAACAAGUUUUAUAAUCUAUAAACCUUAUAAAAGAGAUAUAUUUAUGGAUUAUAAUCUAUAAACCUUGUGUUUUUAAGUUACCUGACCUAUCUAUUAUAAACAUAUUUAGAUUUAAAUAUUAAUGAUUUUGUUGUCAUUUGUUUUAUUUUGCUGUUAAUAUGUCAGUCGUUAAUGAAAAACCAAAAAAGAAACCUAGCAUAGUAGUAAACACUUAUCUAUUGGCGUACAAUUUUAUUCAAGUUUUAGGAUGGAGUUAUUUGUUAUUUCAAAUUGUUAACUUUUAUGUUAACCCUCCUAAAGAUCAAUCAUUGUGGAACGUUGUGAAGUAUACUGUUGGAAUUUUCCAAAAUGCCGCAGUUUUUGAGAUUUUCAAUGUGGCCACAGGUUUGGUGAAAUCAAAUUUAGUAGUUACUACUUUACAAGUAUUGUCUCGGGUAGCACUUGUUGCUUGUAUAGCAUUUGUACCAGAAACAUCUAAUUCACCAGGGCUGCCAUUGGCCCUAACUGCUUGGUGUUUUGCAGAAAUUACCAGAUACUCAUAUUAUGGGUUCAGUAUUCUUGGUUUCGUCCCUUAUUUAAUUAUUUGGGCCAGGUAUACUUUCUUCUAUAUUCUGUAUCCACUUGGUGUAACUGGAGAAUUAUUAGUAUACUGGACAUCAUUAGGAUAUAUUGGAAGAUCAAAAAUGUGGAGUAUAGAACUGCCUAAUCGAUUCAAUUUUGCGUUUAGUCUGUGGACAGCAAUUACUUUAAUCAUGUUGUCUUAUAUACCACUAUUCCCUCAGAUGUAUAUGCACAUGGUAUACCAAAGGAAGAAAACUCUUGGAAGUUCAGAAUCCAAAAAAGUACAAAAAAAAAUGAGUCCAGUUCAAUUGAUCAAUAUCCAUCAUCAUCAUUAAGGCCCAGAAUUAUAUGCACUAAAAAUGUACGAAAUAUGCAUGCAUUAAUACGAUGGUUAUCAUUCAAAUAUGCACUGAAAAUAU